CGUCCCUCACGCCCCGCCCCCCAGCGUCGUGGCGUCCUUCCUACAGCAGUGCUUGAUGACAUUGAACGCGCUGGCACCGCUGCCAUCACCAGGUGCUGUGCUGGUCGGCGAAGUAGGUGGCCAUGGGGAGCCUUCGCGGCCUGCGGCUGGCGGCAGGAAGUUGUUUUAGGUUAUGUGAGAGAGAUGCUUCCUCGUCUCUAAGGCUUACAAGAAACUCUGAUUUGAAGAGAAUAAAUGGAUUUUGCACCAAACCACAGGAAAGUCCAAAAGCUCCAUCCCACACUUACAGCCACAGAGUGCCAUUACACAAACCUACGGAUUGGGAGAGGAAGAUCCUGAUAUGGUCAGGUCGUUUCAAAAAGGAAGAUGAAAUCCCAGAGACUGUCUCGUUUGAGAUGCUCGAUGCUGCAAAGAACAAGAUCCGGGUGAAGAUCAGCUAUUUAAUGAUUGCCCUGACAGUGGCAGGGUGCAUCCUCAUGGUUAUUGAAGGCAAGAAGGCUGUCAAAAGAAAUGAGUCUUUAACAAGCCUGAACUUAGAAAAGAAAGCUCGUCUGAGAGAGGAAGCAGCUAUGAAGGCCAAAACAGAGUAGCAGAGGUAUCCAUGUUGGCGGGAUUUUGAAAAUCCAGGAAUAAUAUUGCAGCAACAAGCCUGUAUUAAAAAGAAUGUGGUAUGAGGAUCCAUUUCAUAAAAGUAUGAUUUGCACAAGCUUAUACCAUGUCCCUAUUUCUGCUCUAAGUACAAAUAAAUUUUCCUAAAGAAAUGAA